AUGGAGCCAGCGGCCACAGGACGCGCCGAGAGGACGUUCAGCUACGUUGUCAGGGCGCCCGGCGGCGACGGGUUCGAUGUCAUGAACGUGGACCUGAAGAUCGACACGGCCUGGAUCUUCCAGGACGCGGAGGGCGGCGAUGAGGAGCGGGGGUGUCUUCCCGAGGCCGCCGCCGCCGCUGGGGCAAGCCCGGACCUGGACACCGGGGUGCUCCGGGAGCAGCUGGAGUUCUCCGAGCAGAAGCUGCUGGCCGCCGUGGACAAGUACGUGAGGUCGGAGUCUGGGCUCAGGAGCAGAAUCCAGGAGCUGGAGCUGUCGGAGCGGAGGCUGCUGCGGAAGGUGGACCAGCUGCGUGCCCGCGUGUGCCAGGAGCGGGGCGCCUCUCUCCGGGCCCAGGAGCAGCUGGAGGCGCUGCAGGGGGAGCUCGCCAGCCAGGUUCUGGAGAAGGAGCGCGCGGCCCGGCGGCAGCGGUGGCGCCUGCGGCGGCUGCGGGAGCAGCUGCGGUACAAGGACGAGGCGCUGGGGCAGCAGACGGCGGCCCUGGAGCGCUGCCGGCGGACGCAGCGCCGCCAGCUGGGCCUCGCGCGCCAGCAGGAGCGGGCCCUGCGCGAGCAGGUGCGACGGCUGGAGCGGGACGUGCGGCGCCUCUGCCGCGCUGCCGGUCUCCUGCUGGCGGAGCUGGACGCCCCCGCCCCGGGCCGUCGCCCGCCCCUGGGUCCGACCGGUCCCCGGCAAGCCCUCGAGGAGGAGGCUGCGGCGUGGUGCGCCCUGCAGGCGAGGGCGGAACUCGGCGAGAGCGAGCGGGACGCGGCGGCGCGCCGGCAGCGGGAGCAGCGGGAGCAGCGGGAGUGCAGCCUCCGCGUGCAGCUGGAGGAGCUUCGUUGCUACAUCUUCGAGCUGAAGCUGUCGGAGAUCGGCCUGCAGGGCCAGGUGGAGGACCUCACAGAGCAGAACAGGUGCCUGCGAGAGGAGCUGGGAGCCCGGGCGCCCGGGCAGACGGUGCGCAGCGUGGCCGCCGCUGGUCCCUGCAGCCCGCCAGACCUGCUGGUGGAGGCAGAGGCUGACGGUCUGCAGUGGACGUGGCCACUGGCCUUCUGGGAAGGGCUGUUCCCUGGUGUGGUCCUCCUGGCCCUGUCGCCGGGUCAGCCUGCAGGGGCCGGCGAGGAUGCGCCGGGCCACAUUCAUGACGAGUGGCUGUCUCUGCCUUGGGAGGAGGCGCUGGAGGCCCGCAGACGCCCCGGCCGGCCGACCUCUCCCCACCCCGGCGGCGCCCCGGGACCGGGGCCCUCAGCAGGCCAGCCCGCCGAGGGGCCCCACACCUGGGGCAGCAUCGGGGCAGGAGGAGGCCCCUUGGUGCCGGUGCCGGGCCUGGAGACCCCGGCUGGCCUCCUGAGACACCUGGCUGGGCCCGCCCUCGGACAGCCCGCUCCCGCUGAGCCCAGUUGGCACGAACAGACGCUUCUGCUCAUCGGCGGCUACCACCCCGUGGGGCCGUGCCCAGCCGGCCCCCUGCUGCCCGUGGAGCUGGCUUGGAUCCCGGAGCAGAGGCCAGCGACCACCCCAGCCCGGGAGCCCUGCCUCGUGCUGCAGAUGCCCACGACCCCUCCCUGGGGGCCCACUGGGGACGUGGCUGCCCUGCUGCUCCAGGGGGCGGCUCUGGGACAGCUCCGGAUCCAGCAGGUGCUGGACGCCGGGCCCUCGCCGGCAACCAGAGCCGGGAGACAGCCCUGCUGGCAGCACCACCAGACUCAGAGCCAUGACGCCCCACUCUGCGAGGAGUCCCCACCGACGUCAUACCACCGAUGUCCUCAGACGGGGCCCAGGGACCUCAACAGCCUUUGGAAGGAGGGAGGAGGAGCCCCAGAGUGGAGACCCGAGGAACGGGGGGCCCGGAGGACUUGGGGCAGGAGUGACGAAGACCUUGGUGAUGGGUGCCAGCGGCAUCAGGAAAGCCACCAGCAUCCGAGCGUGGAGGGUGGCACUGGGGGACCAGAAGGCCUGUGGAGCCCACCCAGGGCCGCAGCACCCCAGGCCGCUGCCUCCUGCAUGUGGCCCAGGCGGGAGCCCGGCCAGCCUCUUCCGUGGGGUGGGAGCUCCGUGUCCACGGAGGGUCCCGAACCCCCAAGUGGGAGACAGAUGGCGGAGGAGCAAGUCUGGGGCCUCUUGGGGGGGCUUCCCCUCGCAGAGGAGGAAGGGGCGCCCCCAGCCAGCUCUGUCAGAGCUCCUAGCGCGAAAGGACGGUCACCUAUCGGCGCUUGGCUACUUGAAGAGGAGGCCGGGGGCCUCAGGAGCAUUUGGGGCCAGGAGGAAAGCCGCAUGUGGGCUGGAGACGCUCUGUUUCUGCUCAGGGAGAGCCCGGGGGACGGGGGGCAAGGGCAGGCGGAGAAGGUGCCGUGUCCGGCGGGGUCCAGCCCAGGCUGCCUGGAGCUCACAGAAGGGCCCAGCUCUGAGGAACGGGAGGCCCAGGAAGUGCUCUGCUUCGUGGCAGAGGGAGGUCUGCCACUGUCUCCCACGUGGGCCCUGUCUCCCGAGGGGGCCGAGCCCACCCGUCCCCCAAGGGCUCCGAGCCAAGGACACGGCAGCCCGGUGCCCACGCUGGACGUGUUGGCAGAAGAGAUGGAGGCUUGCUUCCAGCAGCUGUGUGUCCUGAAGCUCGUCGGGACUGGGGGUCGCAGGGGGGCAGCUCCCAUGCUGGCAGGAAGGGAUGGGCGCCGGGAGCUGGCGGACCCUUGGCAGGUGCUGGGCAGCCAGGGCUUGGAGACUCGUCCUGCGAGGGAAGGCGAUGCCAAGGAGAGGCACGGAGACGUGGAGCCGGGGGAGGCCCUGGGAGCCGGCCAGGUCCUUCCAGAGCUGGGGCUUGACUCGGGGGACCUGCGCCCGGGGCCAGGGCAGCCCCCCGAGCUGGGCCAGAGCCUCGGGGAGCCCUCGGCGGCCCUGGAGAGGGCCAGGAGAAGCCUCCGCAGGUUCGUUUCCGGACUGAAGGAGGAGAGGAGCAGAGUUUUACAGGACAACCUCAGGCUGCGGAGAGACCGGGAGAGAUGCCACCAGAGGAUGCGCGCCCUCCAGAGGGAGGGCGAGAGGAGCGCCACCAGGGCCUGCACCCUCGCGCGGGAGAACGGCGCGCUGCUGGGGGACGUCCGUCGCCUGCGGGGGGAGCUGGACCAGUACCUGCAGGUCAUCGCCGACCUGGAGGACUGCAACGGGAAGAGCUACGUCAAGAUCUCGGAGCUCGAGGAGGAGAACGGCACGCUGAGGGGGUGCCUGGGCCGGCUGCGCAGAGCCACGGCGGAGAGCGCCCGGCAGUGCAAGGGCGUGGUACGGGACGUCACGCGGGAGAACCGGGAGCUCAAGGCGCUGAUCUCGGAGCUCGGAGUCAGCUACAGAGGGCUGAUCCAGGACGUGGUGGUGGGCGUCGAGGACGUGGUCCGGGCCUUGCGGGGGGAGAACGAGCGCCUUCUGCACAGGAUCCGGGUCCUGGAGGGGGAGGUCGCCGUGAGCGUGAGCGUGAGCGCGGACGGGGGAUGUUUGCAGGCAGCUCAGGGCAAAGGCAAGGUGGCUGCCGUGGAGAGGGCGGUGCAGGUGACCCUGCUUCCAGAGCCCCCGGCGCCCCGAGUCCUCGGGCUGCCCCUGGAAGAGGCACAGGGUCCAGCUGCAGGGUGGACGGGACCCGCCCUGGGCACAGAGGAGACCGGAUGCCGAGCUGAGUCUGCGGCCCCGUCGCCGGCCGGGACAGACGCCGGCGCACCGGGAGACCUCGGUGGGGCGGCAGCGCACAGGGCACACCUGGAGAAAGAGGAGGAGAGGCCACGGUGGCCUGCGGACCGAGGGCCGGCUCGGAGGUCUCUGCGCCACGGCCCCCAGGCCGUGCGGACCGGAGGCUGGUGGGACUUGGGGGGCGUGUUCACCCGCAGGGCUGCCAGUGGGGCUCGGGCCGAGCCCUGGUUUGGGGAGUGUCCCCGAGAGAAAUGCAAGGAGAGCGUGAGGCCGUCCUAUUUCGUAGCUGUCCACCCCGAGCUCAGCAGACCCGGUGGGACCUGGGACUCGGAGCAGGUGACUGCCGAGCUGAGGGUUCCAGGUGGGAAAGGGCAGCGGGUGGAGAGCAUUCCAGGCGGAGGGAGGAGCGAGUGGCCGGGCCCUGAGGCGGGCACGGGCCUGGGCAUCGGAGGCACGGACGGUGGCGGGGCAGCUGGGUCCCAGUGGGCAGGGGUCGGGCGAGGACUCCCCCGGGGCCGCACAUGUGACCGGAGCGCGUGUGCUAACGUCUGUCAGGGAGUCCAACCCGCCGUGGUGCCCUCAGGACCACGGGGACAGGGCCCCGUCGGCAUCCCUGCGGAGGGCAGAGGCGGCGAAGAGAGGCGCCAGACCUCCCGGAAAGGCCGCGUUGCUUCCCGAGCCUCGGAGCGGGGCCUCGUGGGGCCGUUCCAAGACCCGGAGGAGGAGGAGAAGGAGGACCCGGGGCUGCGCGCCCGGCGGCUCCGCCACCAGGUGCUGACGCUGCAGUGCCAGCUCCGGGACCAGGCGUCCGCGGGCCGGGAGCUGCAGGCGGCUCGGGACGAGGCCCUCCGCCUCCGGGACCAGCUGCAGGCCCAGGUGCAGGACCUUCAGCAAAAGCAGCAAGAAGCAGAUCUGGCGGUGACCCCCUUGAAGGCCAAGCUGGCUUCCCUGGUGCAGAAGUGCCGGGACCGGAACCAGCUGCUGGUGCAGCUGCUGCAGGAGCUGCGUGGACGUGGGGCGGCCGACGCCCUACUCUCCGAGGUGGUGCGCGGCAUGGUGGACGACGUGGCGCUGGCCGAGUACGCGGCCGCCUUCCUGGUGCCAGGGCUCCCGGAGACAACCCACCGCCUGGACUUCCAGCCUGAGGAGGCAGCGGCUGUAAGAGCUCAGAAGUAUCUCCUAAACCCUGAGACGGACAGCGUCCUCCCGAGACCUGCGUGCGCCGAGUCCCAGCCCCUCGCUGAGGCCAUGUGGCCGGCACAGACAGCUCCACCGGCUUCUCUGGAGCUCCCUCUGCCUCCGGGGCCCACCCCGGGUCCGGGACGAUACCCGGCCGAGGCCACCCCGACGUCGGGACCCCCUGCCCGGCGUCCGCACGGAGGAGGAGAAGGAGAAGGCGGAGCGGCCCCCCCGGCCCCCCGAGCCGCCGAGCUCCGGAGCCCCGCGAGGAUCCUGGCCCUCCACAGAGAGCUGCGGCACAGCAUCCGCAGCAGCUCCCGGGCCCAUCCAUCACCGCUGGAGCCGUAACCCCGACAGGACCGCUCCCUCGCCGGGGCCGUGUCCCGGACUCCAUCAAUAUUUGAAGCGGAGCCUUCGGAGAACGCUUUAAGAGAUCGGCAGCGAUCAAAGGCCGCGCUCGGCGGCAAGUGGCUUUGCCUUCGGCGCCGGGGCUUCCGUGGCUGCCGGAGCUGGGGAGGAGAAGGGGCGGCACCUCGCAGACCCCGAGGGCUGCAGCCGUGGCAGGCGCCCAGGCGCCACAGGGAGCACUCACGGAGCCCGCAUCGGGUGGCCGGCCCUGCGGUGCCCACCCCCCAUCCCCCCGGGCCUGGUUUUGUCCCCGAGGAGCCACCACAAUUGGCGGUGUCUGCAGACACUGCUGUCGUCACACCUGGGAAGCUGCUGCUGGCAUCGAGCGGGUAGACUCGGAGGAUGCUGCUGAGUGCCCCCCAGUGCACGGGCGGCCCCCAGAACGGAGAACAACGGCCCCGCCCAGCGGCCGGCGCGCUGGGGGGUGGUGCCUCGGGCGGGUCUGGCAGCUGCGAACAGAGUCAGCCGUUUUGUUCUUCCCCUGUCCCUGGGACCCGC